AUGGCUAGAAUUGGCACAGUUACGAAGCGAUUCAAACGUUCCAAUAACGGCUGGGAUCCUAGUAAAAAGACACUUCGUCUUGACAAACUUCAAAUACGAAUGGCCGUCUACAUUUCCAUGGCUGAAAUAUGA